CCACAUAAAAUUUUUCCUGUCCCCGCGAUGUCGAACUGAAACAUCGAAAUGCCCCUGUUCGAUUCAGUUCGCUUAAAAUGAUUUAUUUUCGCAAUUAUUUUUUGUUGUUAAAAGUGUAAAUUUUGUUUUGAAAUAAAAUAAUGUCGCUGAAAAAACCGAAGGGGACCGUGAUACAUCGUACGACAAGUGAAACGUUGAGAUUAGGCGACGAUAGCAAUCAAAGAAUUGUGCCGACGAUCAGCAUCAGCAGGAAAAAAUCUCAAGUCACAUCGCCGAGUUGUUCGUUUCAAAUCACCGGAAUUCUAAUUAAUCAGGAAGACGAAUCGGCUGAUGAUUUGGAUGAAAGCCACACUGACGAAAUUUCCAGAGUGACUGACAAUGAGACUCCUAGUUUUUCUGAAGAUUCCAGAGACGAUCAACAACCAGCUUCCCAACCGAUUUUUAAUGCUCCCAUAGUAGAAGAACCUCUACCUCCUACACAAGAAGAAGAACCUAAAAAACCCAAAAAGGCAAAUAUAAAUGAAUUAGGUAGAUUCAGAGUAGUUAAAUUAAGAAGCAUGACACCUUUUAGUAGAGGAAGAUGGACUUGUUACGAUUAUUCCGACGAUACCAAUACAGAAAACAAGCAAACAACUAUCAAAACCAGCUGCCAAUCAACUAAUUAUUUAUAUAGCGGGUCCAUUUUACUACCCGAUCCUAUACCACUUUACGUUCCCAUAUCGACGACAAUUAUUUCUUCCCAGUGUACCGUCACAACCCUGCCAAAUGCGAGAGUUAGCUUCGCUAAUAGCUGUAAUAGUGUCGACACUGUGAUAAACAAUUCUAGUUUAGAUUCGAAUCAAAAUAAACAAUGUCUUUCCAGUAAUAUCAAUACAAUAAGUCCAUUUCCUGGGCAUCAAGAAAUAACUGUGGCAGUCGCUCGAGUAGAAACAGGCCUAAAUCCAAACGACAAUGCAGCUGCUUCCGUAUCGUGUGGAACGGCUACUAUCGAUACCAAAAUCGAACACGCUCUGGAUGUGGUAAAGAACCACCUUACGCACGCCGUUCGAUUAGAAGUCGAGGAGCUCAAAAUAAAAAUAAACGAACUGGUUGAACGCAUAUCUUUUUUGGAAUACGAAAACGAUCUACUGAGAGCUAAUGUCGCCGCAGACGUUCUAGCGAAUCUUGGAAACAUAAGAAGACUUUAAUUUAUUUUUCGUUCAAUGCUUGGGUGCUACGAGGGUGAUCUGAAUGAUUGUAUUUUUACAUUUUUAUAACGAUUAGUUCUUGCUUAUCUUAUGUGCUUCUAUAGGAGAGGAAAUAUUUGAAACAUAAAAAGGCUGUGCUACACUUUAUACUCCAUAUAGAUGCAUUUUUAAGCUACAAUUUAAUAUCAUUAAUAGUUUGAUAUUUUUCUAUCCUCUCAUUUUGUAGAUAAGAUUAGAUUUUUUUGUACAUAUUUGUAAUUGAUUUGAUGGGUAAAUUAAUUUUCCAUUUUAUGCCUUAAGGAGGCUUAGAUAUCUUAGAUACCUACCUACCUAAUAUGUAGGUUAUUUUUAUUUAUUCAUACUCCUUUUUCUAAUUAACUUAUUUCAUUAAUUUUUUUUAUUUGUCUUAGAAAAAUAAUCAAAAAGCAAUUUUUGAGGUGCAGAUUGCUUAUUUGGGAAUAUUCAGAUCACAAAUUAUGGAACUAUUGUUAUCUCCGGAAUAUGAAUAAAUUUUUCAAACAUCAAAUUGAAGAGUGCAAGCGCAUUUUAAUUUAUCAUAUAUAGCAGUUUUCUUAAACAAUUUUACCUAAUUUCAAUCAGUAUUAACAGUUUAAGAUUAAGCAACAUUAAUUUAAAUUGUAUCAAAUUGGACCCCGCACAAACCUUAUGAAAAAUGGCUUUCUGUCAAAUUGGCUGAUUUUUUGGGUAGAUUUCCAUAUUCUGAUUAAAAGUUAUCAUUGCGCAAAAAUGAUUCAAUGCACAGUAAAUUGGCUCAAAAGAUGGAAUUGGAAACGCAUGUAGCUUAAUAGGUAGGUGCUCAAGGCUAUCAAUCGAUACUGAAAUAGAAAUUGAGCACCUACCUAUUAAGCUACAUGCGUUUACAUUUCCUUUUCAGUCCACUUACUCAAAAGCUGUACAUUGAAUCAUUUUUGCGCAAUGAUAACUUUGAAUCAGAAUAUGGAAAUCUACCCAAUUUCAAAAAUUCAGCCAAUUUGACAGAAAGCCAUAAGGUUUGUGCGGGGUCCUUGGGGCUGAUAUUUGGAAACAGGGACUAUUGAUAUAAAACGUCCAACCUCUGUUAUUUUUUACGAAUAAAUAUUUAUUUGUACCUCUAACAAAGCCCCUAUAUAAUUAUUAAAAUAUUGUUAUAUUAUUAUUGCGGCGACUAUAGUUUAAGCUUAUUGAAAACAUUUAACUAAUUUAUAGUAUUAUUAAUCUGUUCCU